AUGGGCAGCGAGGGUGCCUUCAAGUCGACAAUCGCCGAGUACCUGGAGGACUUGCCGGCGCAGUUCUGCCAGCAGCUGUUCACAAAGCCUGCCGCUUGCCUGGCCAUUUUCCGGCUCCUGUCAACGCUGGGGAAGCAUAUCAUCAUGUCAAUGCUGUACCUGGACGCGCCUAUCGAGCUCACCGAUGUUUUGCAGUGGGCGAAGCCGGGCAAGACGAAAUCAUUCAAGUCCAAGAUCCACCGGCUGCGCAAGCUGCGAAUCCUGGUGGAGAACUCUGGCAAGGUGUCGCUGGACCCGAUGUUUAGGCAGGAGCUCCGGAAUGCGCUGACGGGCGGUGGUGACUUUGGCAGCUUUGGUAUUCCAGCUACCACGCGCGACCUGCGGAUCACUGAGGCAUGGCUGGAAAAGUAUGCAAACGAAAAGUGGGAGGCGAUUUUGCACUUCAUGGUCGGGCAGAAUGCCGAGAUGCCUCAGCCCUCGGACAGCGUCCUGCACAUCCUCAAGAUGUCUCGGCUAAUGGAGCGGCGCGAAGGCGACAUGCGGAUCACAAACAGUGGGUUCCAGUUUCUGCUGCAAGAUGUCAGCUCGCAGGUGUGGACUGUCCUGCUGCAGUAUCUGAGGCUGGCCGAGGAUCAGAACAUGGACGUGGUGGAAGUGCUGAACUUUUUGUUCCAGCUCGUCGGGCUUCAGCUAGGCAUAGCGUAUAGGACAGACCGGUUCUCCCAAAGCCAGCGCAAGAUGCUCAGCGAGCUCAAGGACUUUGGACUCAUGUACCAGCAAGGCGACGUGUUUUAUCCGACCCAGCUGGUGACAUCGCUGACCAGCGCCAUGAACGCCGAGCACACCUCUAACAACGGGCAGGUGUCAACCACUGAGAUGUCGGCAGAUGGCUACGUCAUCCUUGAGACAAACUGCCGCGUGUAUGCCUAUACGUCGUCGCCGUUGCAGAUUGCGAUCCUGAACCUGUUUGUGCACCUGGUCAGCCGGUUCCCCAACUUUGUCACCGGCGUCAUCACGCGCGACAGUAUCCGACGCGCCUUGUCAAACGGCAUCACAGCGGACCAGAUCGUAACAUACAUGACAGUGUAUGCCCACCCGCAUAUGCGUAACCAGAUGCCAGUGCUGCCCAUCACGGUGACUGAUCAGAUACGGCUGUGGGAGAACGAGCGGAAUCGGCUGAAACCGACGGCGUCGUACUUUUACAAGGACUUCCACCAGCGGCAGGACUUUGAGCGCGUAUACAAGUAUGCGGAGGAUCUGGGCGCAAUUCUCUGGUGCAACAUCGAGAAACGGCAGAUUGUGGUUACCCCGGCUGCCCAUGUGGUGAUCAUGCAGUACGUAAGAGGCCACAGAAAACCGGAACAGCGGGGGUAA